AUGAUCAUACAGAAAUUUUACUUACUAUUGGUGCUACCUUUAGUAGUAAUAGGAGCAUUAGUGGAAUCAAAAGCUUGUAGGGUUUCAGGUUCGAGUCUCAAUAUCGAUAAGUUAUUGAUAGAUGUAGCUUUAGAUGAACAAAAUAACAAGUUGAAGUUUUUCAUAAACACCAAAAUAAUAGAUCAGUUGAAUUCUUCCAAUAUACUACCAAUAAUCACCGAUGUUAAUGCUACUACCAACAAAUUCUCGACAUUUCAUGCUACGUUAUAUUUUCAAGGUCAAGUGAUAAAAGAUGAAAAUAAAAGAUUAUGUAGCAUUCUUGGUGUUAAAAAUACCUCCAGCUAUUUACAAAGUCCAAGAUUUAAUAAUGGUCCAUCCACAAACACAACUAUUAUCAUUAAUCCUAAUUUACCUAUAGAAGCAGGAGGAAGUUCUAGAUCUAAAAGAAACAAUAACCCCGAUAAAAUACGACGUGAUGAAUCAAGUUACUCAGAUGAUUACCCCAUACUAUCAACAUCAGCCGCCGAAUUCAGCGACCAUAAAGGUCAUGGUGGUCGUUUUGGUGGAAAUUGUUCAACAUUCAAUAAAUCCAAUGACUUUGCUAGAAGUAAUCAAAGUAUUGAAGAAUUAUUCAAUAAUUCAACCGGUCAAUUGAUAGGAUGUCCAUUGUAUGUGAAUGAUUCAGUUUAUAUCUAUUAUGAGGUAGAUAUAAGAGAGCAGUAUGGAGAUUUGGGUUCAUUUUCCGCUAGAUUUGCGUUUAUUUCCAAUGAUGAGUCCAGUACCCUUAUGGGUUGUAAUACAGUAUAUGUUACACCGAAAUUAAGGAAAAGUUAUUCUAACGCCAUUCUCAUUGGUGUGGUACUGUUAAUUAUUGUGACAGGAGUUAUAAAUUUCUUGACUAUUACUUGUUCAAGUUAUCAAGAAUCUCGAAAUCCUUUCGUUUUCAUUGCGUCAACUAUUUGUAAUGAGAAUUUGUUGAAACAACUAGAUGCCACGGUUCAACGAAUUAUCUUAUACUUACAAUUUGCAUUAUUUAUUGCUGGAUUAAAUAUCAAUUUUCCAGGAUUUUAUCAACCACUUUUAGGUUUUUUGAAAUGGAUCGCUCUUUUGGGUUUCACUAUAGUAAAAGGUGAACAUUUUUAUUCGUUCACUGAACAAGAUAACAUUUAUUUAACCUAUAAUGGAGGUGGAAUCAAUUCUUUGGCAUAUUUUGGUAAUUUCAGUACCUUAGGAGCUAAUUGGUGGAAUUUCAUUCUAACUUUGAUUAUUUGGAUUUUCAUUCAAAUUGGUGGUCAAGCUAUUUUCGUUGGUUUACAAUCUUUAAGAAAUAUCAAACAUUUACAUUUAACCAAAUCGAAAUUUGCAGCUUUCUUGAAAAGAUGUACAUUUUUCGUUAUUGGAGUGUUUUUGAAUAAUUAUAUGAUAUUAUUCGCAUACCCAUUCUUGGUGUUGUCGUUAUAUUUGUUUUACAUUGAUGCUCGCUCGGAAUAUAGUAAUUAUCCUAAUAUUCCUUCAUUGAAAAGUAAUGCUUUCAAUAGAAAUGUUUCUUAUGAUAAUUUAUUUACUCCUAUGACUUAUGUGAGUUAUAUCGAUGGAAGAGAUAAUCAUACUAUAAGUGUGCAAGUUGAUGGAGAUUUCCAAAGUAUUAACACUUCAUAUCUGUUAAUGUACGGGAAUACCACCAACGGAUUUAAUUUCAGAGUUCUUCAAGAUACAACCGAUCAUAAGACAUUGAUUCCUCCUUUAGUAGUAGCAGGAAUUUGUGUCAGUUGUUGGAUAUUAAUAGCAUUAUAUUUCAUCUUCAAAUACUUGUUCACCAUCACCAAGAAUCUCCGUAUUGUAGCCAAUAAGAAUGUGUAUAAGUUAUAUACCUCAGUCAAUAAUUUAUUGGUUUGGGGAUACUUCUAUCAUCAUUAUGCCCCCAGUAAGAAUUAUUUUGCUGUGAUUGAUAUAGCAAGUUUGUUCUUAAGAUCAGUAAUUGUGAGUUUAUUACAAUCAUCAGGGUUAGCUCAAGUUAUUUGCUUGAUCAUUUUAGAAUUAACCAGUCUUAUAUUAAUGAUUUUGAUUGAUCCUUUUUACUUGAAAAUCACUUGGACUACCACAAGAUGGAUGAUACCGGUAGCAAAAUUCUUAAUAGCCGUUUUAUGUAUUCCAUUUCUUACACAAUUAAAUUAUAGUGAGAAUGUUAGAACUAACGUAGCUAUAGCACAUUUGAUUAUUCAUUUAAUCAUUGCCGUAGUGUUUGUUUGUCAAUUGAUUUACUGUUUCACCAUAACCAUUAUAUCCAUUGUCAAAUUCCAAAAAGAUAAACAUAAAGCCACGAACAAUUUAGUCAAAUUGACCAAUAAGAACAGUAUUGAUGAUUUCAAUAAACAAUUUGAAUAUCAACCUUUGGAUAAAUUGUUGAAACCCAUUGCUAAAUUCAGAACUCAUAAUUUUGAUUUCGAAAGGGAUAAACAUGAUUAUUAUCCAUAUAAACAACAAAUGUCCAAUGAUUCCAUCACUGGUUCUCCAAGGUCAAAGAAGAUAAAUUCAGUUGAAGAUAUUAAUAAUGGUGAUUUGUACUAUAGAGCACAAGCUGAAAAUCUUUUAAGAUCUCAAGAAUCAAAUGUAACCAAAGAUAAUAAUAGUAUAAUCUCAGAUAAUGGAUCCUUUGCUAAACAACAAGAUGUUUCCAAUAAAAGAAGGAAAAGAAAUGAUUAUACUACCAGAGAAGGUGAUUUGAUCUAUAAGAAAUAUAUGAUCAAUGAUGAGAUUGAUCCCGAAAUUAAAGCAUUAUGGGAAUCUAGAAAAGGUGCUAAUUUCACUGAUUCUACACAACAAGAUGAAACUGAUUUGGAGUCAUAUUUCAAGAUGGAAAUGUCAAAAGAAUCGAAAAUUCAACCAUUAUCGAAUUUCCUCACCAAAAUAACUGUUUGCAGAUCUAAGAAGGAAGAAGUGGAAAAGGGAUUCCAUGUUUCUAGACCAAAACAAUUAAUUGUCAAGAAAAUUCCUUUCGAAGGAGAUACUCCAACAGUUUCGGAAGAAGAUAGAAUCACCCGAAAUAUUUCCACCAAAACCGCCAAAACCACCCACACUUCAUCCACAGGUUUCACAUCUACCACUGUGGGUAUUUCACCAAUCUCCAACAACAAGUCACCCCAUGCGGAAGAUAAUGAUCUGUCCCAUACUGACACAUAA